UCAAGAAAAAACAUCUUAAUUUAAGAUUUUUUAGAUAUUUUUACUGAAAACAAGACAAAAACACUAAGUAGGAAAGUCAUUUUUUUCAGUGCAAGUAAAACAUUAAAACAACUGAAACAGAUGGUGAAUGUUUUACUUACAUUAAAUGUUUUAAUGCCUCUUCUUUCAUCUCUAGUGAAGCUCCUCCUACAACAAUCCACCAAUAAAUGCUGGAGUCAAACACACAGAGAAAUCACUCCAUGUGUGACAACUGAAAUCUUCAUGACAUAAUGUUGAUGCUGGUGAAAGAGGAGCUUGAGAAGAUGACAGAUCCACAACCAUGCAGAAUAAAGGAUGAAGAUACUGAGGAACAAAUAGAAAUGAUGGAAGUGAAAGAGGAGAGUCAAGCUGAAGUGGAUGAGAAACAUCAGAUUGUAAAAAGCAACCAUACUGUUUCACAGAAAGAAACUCUGAAGACAGAAGAUAUAAAGUGUGAAAAUAGUUUCAGUGAAGAUGAACGCCCUGCAGAUCACAACAAGACUCACAGUGACGAGAAACCUUUCACAUGUCAACAGUGUGGAAAGAGUUUCAGAAGAAAAGCUCACCUUAACGCACACAUGAGGAUUCACACUGGAGAGAAACCAUUCACAUGCCAUCACUGUAAAAAGAGUUUUACAACUGCAUCUAACCUUAAGAAACAUUUGAGAAUUCACACUGGAGAGAAACUUUACACUUGUCAAGAGUGUGGAAAGAGUUUCACCUUUCAAACAAGCCUUAAAGUACACAUGAGGAUUCACACCGGAGAGAAACCACAUCUGUUCCAUCACUGUGAAAAGAGUUUUAGAACAGCAAGUAAACUUAAGACACAUAUGAUGACUCACACUGGAGAGAAACCUUACACUUGUCAACAGUGUGGAAAGAGUUUCUCAAUUGAAAGAGACCUUAAGAUACACGCAAGAAUUCACACUGGAGAGAAACCGUUCACAUGCCAUGAGUGUGAAAAAUGUUUCAGAAGGAAGAGUAUUCUUACAGCACACAUGACAAUUCACAAAGGAGAGAAACCAUAUGCGUGUUUUCAGUGUGAAUGGUGUUUCAGUAUGGAGUGUCAACUUAAGAGACACAUGAUGAUUCACAGCGAAAAGAAACCUCACGCAUGUCUUCAGUGUGAAAAGAGUUUCAUACAAAAGCGUGCACUUGAGGCUCACAUGAGAAGUCACACUGGAGAGAAACCUUACAUAUGUCUUCAGUGUGAAAAGAGUUUCAGUUUAAAGUUUCACCUUAAGAGACACAUGAUGAUUCACAGUGAAAAGAAACCUCAUGCAUGUCUUCAGUGUGAAAAGAGUUUCAUAGAAAAACGUGGACUUGAUAUUCACAUGAGAAGUCACACUGGAGAGAAACCUUACAUAUGUCUUCAGUGUAAAAAGAGUUUUACAAGUGAAGGUAAUCUUAAGACACAUGUGAAGAUUCACACUCGAUAGAAACCAUUCAUGUGUCAACAGUGUGGAUAUGGCAACAACGUUUAGAAAUCCGCUUGGGUCUUAUUAAUGAAAAUUAACGAUGUGCGUACGAUUCUUACAAAAAAUCUAAAUUCGCACAAAAGCCAAAAAUGGUGUACAGCAAAAAAGAUUCGGGCCGUUCCUCAAUAUGCGUUCCUGUCUGUACUUGUGUUCUUGUGAAACGUCAUCAGUCACGGCUCAAGUACUGUUCCAAUUCCAAGUUCCAAGUCUGUUAUUUGUUAUUUUAAAUGUUUCAUAACUUAAAUCACAUUUAUUUUCUAUAUAAUCUUAACACUGAAUUAGCUUUUGUAUAGAUUUUUUUUCUUGUGUUUACUUUGUAAAUGUUGUAGAAAAGUUUGGUUCUUUUCAAAUGAAUGGUUGUUUUAUAUCAUAUUUUUGAAGCUAGUCAGCCUAUGUGGAGAUGCAGAUUUCAUUUUCCAACAGGACCUGCACACAGUGCCAAAGCUACCAGUACCUGCUCAUACUUUUCAUGUUCAUACUUUUCAGUUGGCCAAGAUUUCUAAAAAUCCUUUCUUUCUUUUGGUCUUAAGUAAUAUUCUAUUUUUCUGAGAUACUGAAUUUGGGAUUUUUCUUAGUUGUCAGUUAUAAUCAUCAAAAUGAAAGAAAUAAACAUUUAAAAAAAUAUUAGUCUGUGUGUAAUGAAUUAAUAUAAUAUACAAGUUUUACUUUUU